AUGGAUGAAGUGGGAGAUAGGAUUUGUAGGUUAAUUGAGAGUGAGAGAUUGAAGAAUGGGAAGAUUGGGAGAUUAAAAGAUGAGAAUAAUGGGCUUGUGUUGAAAGUUGAGGAAGAAAGGGAGAAAUGGACGAAGGUUUGUUAUGAGAGGGAUGGAAUUAAGGCUAAUUCUGAUGGAUUGUUCGAGGAAAUAGGAGAUUUGAGAAAGAAAAUGAUUGAAAUGGAGAAGAAUGAGAAAAGAGCUUUGGAAGAGACAGAGGACUUGAAGGUGAAAUGCAAGAAGUUGUCAACUAAAAGGAUGGAGAGUGAAAUUAUGAAUCGGAAUCUGUUGAAAGAGAAGAAAUUUGUUAAGAGGUUAUUGGAUGAAUCUGGUAAGGUUUUUGAAGAUUUGGCGGCCCACUCAGAUUCGAAAUUGAAGGAGAAAGAUGUAGAGAUGUUAACUCAACAGAGAGAUUUAGUUGAUGUGAAUCUGAAUCGAGUCCAACAGGAGGCAGUGAGUUUACGACGCACAAUUGAGAUAAUCACUUGUGAUAAAGCUGAAAUGGAGGAAGCAAAAAUGAAAGUGGAAAAUGUCGUUGUGGACUUGCGAAGGGAAUUGAGUAAAGUGAACGAAGCUAUGACAUCUGAGUCCAGCGUGGCUGAGAACGGGAGAAAUAAAGAGUCGGUGCCUCAGAUGGGCUGUUCUCGAGAAAAUUCAAAUGAAGUCUCACCAGAGAAGGACAACCUUAGUUUACCGAUCGAGAACAAGAAGAGAAAGUUGAAGAGACCACGACUGAGCUCGAGAAAACGAAAACGGCACAGGGUUAAAGAUGUUGUCUUCAAAGAAAUGGUGAUUGGGUUGCCAGACAUCACUCCUCCAACAGAGAUUUGUGAGAGCUGUGGUAGCAAAGCAUAA